UCCCAGGCGAAACAGCAACCCAGACCCGCGGCGCAACACGGGCAUAUCACACUGCAGAGUUAUUGCUGAAUCGCUGCACUUUCCAUCUAGACAAGACAGGUGUCACGAGAAAGAGGGAGUUCCUCUUUUUUUUCAAAGCGACGUGGCAGGACAAGCAAUCGAGGAAUCAGAGUGCAAGAGAAAACGUCUAGCAGUUCAGACCGACUUCCCGCCUCCCUCCCAUCGGGAUAUCUCAUCCGCGAACCAUCGACUCCGAAUCAUAUUUUCCGCCGGCGCAACCCGAGCCGACGCCCCGUUUUUGCCGUGCAAAACGUAGAGAGAAAGAACGAGUCGGGAGAGAGAAACUGCUAGUCAAUCUCACAAACGUCAAGGCAACCACCGUUUGACGAACCCACACGAAGAAAGUCAAAUCGAUCGCAGAUAGCCAAGCUUCGCUCGCUGUUGUUGUUUUCGCUGCAGCUUUUUGACUCGUCAAGAUGUCGAACGUUCACGUUGGCCAGGUUUACGAGGCUGUGAUUCAGGGAGUCAUCGACGCUGUGCGCGUUGAUUUCGAGGAGAAUGGUGUUGAGGAUGGCGUGCUCGAGGACCUGAAGAAGAAAUGGCAAAUGAAGCUCUCGCAGCUCAACGUGGCCCAGUUUCCCUGGGACCCGAAGCCAGAGCAGCCCGCUCCUCCAGCUCAACCAGCCGCUCCCCCGGCUCCAGCGCCGCAAGCCGCUCCCCCACCGCAGGCGGCCUAUACCCAGUCUACGUUGAGCCCUCAGACUUCAGCUCAACCUCUCUCGCUGCCAAAUAUCAACCAGCCUCAUUCCAACGGGGUGCCCGUCAAGCAGGAGCCAGGGUUGGUCAGGUCUGAGCCGGUCGCUAUCAAGCAGGAACCCGGCGCUGGCUCUCAGCCCGUGCAUCCUGGUUAUCACAAUGCCUCCCACCCUAGCCUGCCUACUGUCAACCCCAGCAUAGCCGCUACCCGGGCUGUGCAGGCUUUGCAGAACAAGUACGGCGAGGGAGCUGCUGCCUCCAUUGCCUCCAUGUCCAACGGUAAUGGUAAGGUCGGACAAGGGAACGUUGGCCAAGCCCAGCAGCAGCAACAGCAGGUCCAGCAACAACAUGCUCAACACCAGCAACAUUCUCAACACCAGCAACACUCUCAGCAGCAGCAGUAUCAGCAACACCCGCAGCAUCCUCAACAACAACGCCCACAACACCCUCAGCAGAUUCAGCAACAGCACAUGCAACGGCCACAGCAGGGUGGACCUCAGCAGCUGACCCCCGAGCAGGUGUAUCAACGACAGAUGCAGCAACGCAUGCAGCUACAGGCUCAACAGGCUCAGCAGCAGCGUGGGAUUGCCCCUAACAGCUUGCCUAAUGCCCAGACUGAUGGCCCUAGCGAUGACUGCUGGGAGGCUGUCAUGAUGCGCCGCAACGCCGAAGGCCAGGCUGUCGAGAUGGGCCGCAUCGAGAUUGAUGAUCAUCUUCACGCCCAGAUCGCCGCCCGAGCCAAGCAGAUGGAGGGCGGCGGCCUGAUGCUUCCUCUGAAGCAGGCCACCAAGGUCCGCAGCCUUGACAAUAGACGGAACCGCGCUGCUGGGGGUCCCUCCCAGGUUGAUGGUGGGGAGGAUGACAUGAAGGAUGAGGAUUUGGAUGACGAUGCGAUCAACUCUGACUUGGACGACUCCGACGACAACAAGGAGGAUGAUGAUGAGGAUGAUGACAUGGGGCAUAUGAUGCUUUGCAUGUAUGACAAGGUGCAGAGGGUGAAGAAUAAGUGGAAGUGCACACUCAAGGAUGGCGUCCUGACUGUGAACGGCAAGGAGUAUGUCUUCCACAAGGCUACGGGGGAGUACGAGUGGUAAUUUCUUCUUUCGGCGGGGACAUCAACACCAUCCAUGCCUCCUUUUCUCGCUUUGCUGUGCGGGUAACCUUUUCUUUAUCACGGGAAUAUUGUAUACAUUUUUUUUUCGUUAUGGCGACUUUGUCUCUGCCCUGGGACUGGGGUUUUGGUCAUUUCAUGGUUGUGGUCUUUCCCCUUCUAUCUCAUCAAGGGGGGAUGUCUUUUUUUUUUUUUUUUUUUUUUUUAAUAAAAAAAACAUUUUAUCACCGUUUCUCUUUGGGCGUCGGUUAGGGGGGCAAGAAACAGAAACGGGGAAAUUACAGAGAUUGGCAGCGA